AUGUCCACAAUUCCAGUUUUUGAUGGUUUUCAAAUUUAUCCAACUCAGUCAAAAAAUUAUUCAAUUGAACAACUUUCUCAACAACUUCCUCAACUUUUUUCCAAUAAAAAUGAUCGAGUGGCUCAAUUUGAUGAACAAUUGGAGCUUAUAUGGUUUGGGUAUGCUUUUUUUUAGCCACGCGCUUUUUUUCUUUCCCAACAUCAAUCAACUUUAAAAUUCAGUCCUUUCUUGGUUGUUUACCCUGGUGAUUUUUUCCACUAUUACACUUCCAUAGGAGGCAUUUUCUAUCAUUCUUCUAAACCUGACUCAUUUCUAACACUCACAAAACCGGUUGAUC